GUUCUGUGCUGAUGCUGCAGUGUGGCUCCCAGACUGCCGUGUGUUUGGUCACCACAGACCAAACGCUGAUCCUCGCACACCUGAACGACACCCAACAAACAGGUAUGCGGACUUACAGUUCCUACAACAUGUGGCUGGGCUUGACGCUGGCGCUGCUUUCGGCCUUCCUGAUUGGUGGCAGUGUCAUCCUCAAGAAGAAAGCUCUCCUCAGAUUGGCCAGCAACGGACACACCAGAGCAGGUGAUGGAGGAUAUGGCUACCUUAAAGACUGGCUGUGGUGGGGAGGCCUGUUAACCAUGGGAGCCGGAGAAGUGUGCAACUUUGCUGCCUACAUGUUCGCCCCAGCCACGCUGGUGACUCCACUGGGGGCGCUCAGCGUCCUCAUCAGUGCAGUUCUCUCGUCCUACCUGUUGGGAGAGCAGUUGAACGUGGUGGGGAAGCUUGGUUGUUUUCUGUGUGUGCUGGGGAGCAUUCUCUUGGUUAUUCAUGCUCCACAAGAACAGGAAGUGACGUCGCUACAGGAUAUGACCAAUAAGUUGCUGGAGCCAGGUUUCCUGGUCUAUGUUGUGGCCGUGCUGGUUCUGUGUGCGGUCCUUGUGUUGUAUUUCUGUCCCCGGUCUGGUCAUUCCAACAUCCUGAUCUACAUAAGCAUCUGCUCGUUGCUGGGAGCCUUCACUGUGUCAUCCGUGAAGGGCCUAGCCAUCGCCAUCAACAGCGUUGUUUAUGACAUCUCAGUGCUCAGUCACCCUCUCACCUGGAUCCUGCUCCUAACCCUCAUUGUUUCCAUAGUGACACAGGUGAACUACCUGAAUAAGUCUCUGGACACCUUCAACACUCUGCUGGUGUAUCCCAUCUACUACGUCCUCUUUACCUCCGUGGUGCUGUCCACCUCCAUCAUCCUCUUCCAGGAAUGGAGCAGCAUGUCCGCCAUUGAUGUCGUCACAACGCUGGGCUCGUUCCUGGUCAUUGUGGUGGGCGUGGCCAUGCUGCACCUGUUCAGGGAGUUGCAGAUUACAAUGAAGCAGCUGACCAAUCAGCUUUCUCAGCCAGUGGAGAGGGAGGGGCUUACUGAAGAGAUCAGAGCCAGUGGAAGAGGAGGAGGGAGGAAUAAAAAGGAGGAUAAAUAUGGACUGAUGGACAAUGUAGUGAUAGAGAGUCUGCCUCCUAUGAGGGAAGAGGGUCCCAGAGUCUUCAUCAUCAGCUGAAAGAAAAGCGCAGACGUGUCUGUACUCUUUGUUACUGAUAUUUCCAGCACUUUUUCAAACUUUUGGACUUCAGGUUUGGUAACGUUUCGGUUUAUUCUAUUGGUUCAUCUAAUCUCCUAUGAAUGUACCCAGAGGUACAAUUUAAGUUGUCCUUUUUAAUUUCUUAAUAUUUCAAGAAUCUUACACGUAAAUGUUUUAGUUUGAGGUCCAAAUCAUUCAUGAAGCUCUUUAUAAGUAAUUGCUAAUGUUGACCAAAGUACGUUGCAGUAAACAUAAUCUGCAAUCAAACAAAAAUUGAGAAUAAAUAACUUUAAUGAUAAAUAAAAGAAGUCAAUUAAAAAGGUAAAAUAUGUAAUUUAACCAUAAAAAAGGAUUUGUUGAAUAAGAUUAAACUUUUAAACAGCUGACAUUAACUUGUACCGUUUUAAUAAUUUUAUUCUCGUUCAAACAAGUUGAUGUCAUUAAAAUAUCAGCUGAGUCCCUGCUUCCGUUAGACCCCUGGACUCUCUCUCAUCAUUCACAGAUGAGCUUUUCUUUAAGGUGUCUAAGGCCAUUCAUAAAUCAUCUUUAUUUUUCUGUCAAUGUCUAGAAAAAUAGAUUGACAACUACAAAAAUUAACUUAAUAUUUUUUUUCCCUCGUUUUAAACAAAGAUGUUAACCAAAAUGGACACCCUGUCCUCUAAUAGUUAUUGUUACACCGUUUAGAUUAGAUAAUUUCAGCCAUCUGGCAGUGUCUGACAUUAGUUAACACCACCACUCACUUUCACCAGUGGGAUGUUUUAUGGGUGGUUUUAACAUUUCCAGCCUAUUUCAAGUCACCCCAAAGCAUUUUAAUGAAAUUAUGGUCUGGGCUGAAAUGCUGCAUUUGGUUUUGGCCAAACAUGUCCUUUAUUUUGUUGUCCACAUAAUUAUCUGUUUGAAGAAUGUUAAAUGUACAGGCUUGCCCUUUAGUAUCAACAGUAGCAUUAUGCUGUAGGGCUCAUGGUUACAUUUUUAGGGACUUUAAUGAUAUUGCCAUCUCCUCCCUGGUUGAAUUUGCUUGGGCCAGCAAUUUCUUUCUGAAUGUCGUUUAAGUUUUUUUGUUUUAUGGGAAUGGCUGACUUUAACUUCUAUUGAGAUUUCUUCAAACGCCUCACCGGGCGGCUCUUUAAAUGUAAUCAUGGUGUUCACUCUCACUUCAACAGUCCGGAGCAUACCAAUUAAAAGUUUGGUUCAAACAGGAAAAGGGUCCUUUUAAAAAUGCUGAUUAACCAUGUUCCCACCAUGUGCUCCUGCUGUAAUUGGCGUGUCAUAUCAGGUGCCCUUUUUCUUUUUAUUGCCAUUUUAAGCGUAGAUAAACAUAUGGGUGUCUUAAUUUAUUCUUCACCAGAUAUAAUUUUGCCAAAAAAAUAAUGAGGGAAGUCGGACUAUUAAGAGGAGAGUUUUAAUGGAUGAGCAUUUAACAAAACUUUGACAAAGGGUUAAACCUUUUUGUUCUCACUGUUGUACUGACAGCCAGAGUCUUCAUUUUUCAGUUGCCUGAAAAGGUAGUUUUAUGUUUUCAAAAAAGGGACCUAUAUGAUAAACUACAUCUUAACGAGAUGGUGUAACUUACCAAUUCAUUUUCACUUCUAUAGGAACAAAAGUUGCUAUAAGGGUUUGGGGAAAUGUAACCACUUUUCUUCCAAAAAAAUCCUCAUUUUCACCUCUCUUCCAGAACUGGAUGAAACCACAUCCCCCACAAUGCUUUGCUGUAAAGGGAAGGGAUAGAGUUUACAUUUUGAAUUGUUUUGCUUUGAAGAGGAGAAUUUUAAGAGAUUAAACAGUAGAAUCAAUUUGUGAAAAAAUGCAAUUAUUUAAAAUACAAAAAUACAUUGACUACACAGAAUCCCCUCCCUUCCCCCAAUAAUCCUGACCGUUAAGGAAUGUUUGCUUUUCCAAAUGAGACUCAUCAUCUGGCCUUUGUCCAGAUUCUGUUACUGAAGUAGCUCUUUAGAAGAAUUGAUAAACACAAUCAGUAUCUGCUUUCAAUUAGGCUAAAUUUAUACCUUUUCUGUACAUUUUUGUGGUUUAGAUUUAUCUAAAGUUCUACAAACGUGAUAUCAGGGCAAGGAGGAGCUGGUUUUAUUUUAUUUUUACCUUUGAGUUGAUUGAACAGAAUUAUGAUGUAGAUAAUAAGGGGAAAGAUGAUCAAUUUCAGUAACUCAUAAUUUCAAAAAGACUAUUUCAUAAAACAUCUCAAGCAACUAUAGCUUUUAACAUGGAGACAGUUUAAUACUGCAGACAUUUUUACUUGUUAAAACUGUGUUCCUGCAAACCUGUUUUUGAUUUUUAUCGUCUUUCUUUUUUUAUUGAUCGAUUUUGUCCGCUUGCAUUUAGUAUGAUUUUAAAGGCUUGAUGUCCCAUCUGACGGCCUUGAAUUUGAUGAACUUAUAUGUUUCUACUCUCUAUUUUUUUGAAGAGAGUAGAAACAUAUCUGUGAUACUGAAAUGUUCGAUUUCUUGACACAACUAGGGGCUAAAAAACUCUGAGCCUCUCAUGGUUUUUCCAUCAUGAUAGUUUCACUGAGCUGAAGACUGAUGAAUAUGAAGCAGACAAAACAUUCAGGGUAUGAGGUCAAUUUUAACCUUGCACAUCAAUCUAUUUACUAGCCUUUACUUUUCUGCUAAAAUCAAACGGAAUUGAACCUAUUAGGGCAGUUUAGGUUUUAAUAACUGAUGGCUGGUUUUCUACACAAAUGGCAGGUUUACACAUUUGACACCUGAGCUGUGUUUGAACUCUGUACAGCACAUUGGUCCGUUGUGGUGUUUUAAAACACUCUACACAAAAAGUUGGAUUGGAAAUGUGUGUAAGGUUUCCAGAGAGCAGCCUCGUGGUAACGGUGAGCUGGUUAUCUGCAGUAUUUAAUGAGGUCAGAUUCUUGUGUAAAUCAAAACAUUCUGCUGUGAAAGUUGGCUAAUUUUCCAGUAUUUGGCCUUAACUCACCAGCCUCACCAAUAACCACAAGAUGUGGAUUUAAUAAGUUUAGCCGAGUGAAGGAUUACAGUAGAGCUGUUUCCACUGCUGAAGCUUAAACUUGAGCUUGAUCCAAACUGUAGAAUCAUGGUCGAUCAAACAUGUCUGAUCAAGAUCAUAACACUGAGUGUUUGCUGCUGAAGACAUUUCAGUUUAUGAAGCUCAGAGGAACCAAAGAACAAAAGAAAUGUUUCAGAUGUAUCUUGAUAUUUAUUUUCUUCCCUUCCUGCAUUUCAAUGAAAACUAACCAAAUGUUCUGUUUCAUGAUUAUGUCAGAUAAUUUAUGUAAAAGUUUCAUAUUUUCACUCUUUUGAGAGUGAACCUUUUUUAUAAGAAUUAAAACUGAUUCUUCUAAAUAUC